CUGUCGAAGCUGGAUGAUGGAGGAAAAAGGUGCAGUUUGUGUGCUGUUUCUUCCCUCGACUGACUGACGUAUUCGAGGGCAGAUGUUGUCACACUACAAUUUUUUAGGAGUAGCAAGAUGUGUCUACCAUGAGACCGGUUUUGUACACCUCCCACUGGGGGCGGGUGACUUCUCAUCAUCGAUCAUCCCUUGUAGUAUUCCGAAACAACGCACAGUCCUCGACAACAGAAAAUCCGAGUCGAAGAUGCUUUUCUUCGGACGUGCCGAAGUUUAACUGUUAUUCGGUUCUAGAGGUUUCACAAGGCGCUUCGUCUGCGGAUAUCAAGAAAGCUUAUCUCGAUAUGGCGAAAAAGCAUCACCCAGAUUGUGGCGGCAACAGCGAGAAAUUCCGCAAGAUAUCAGAAGCCUACGAGACACUGUCGAGAAACCGGGCCGCGCACGACCAAGUACAUAGUAACUCCAGAUCGUCCGCACCAUCAUCUGGUCCCCGAGCCAGCUCGUCUAGUAGUGGACCGAAUUCGAGAACAAGCGGUUUUUCAGCCGGCGGUUUUACAACAGGCGGGUUUUCAACAGGUGGGGGAAACCCGUUUAAUAUGGGAAGUAGUAACUUCGACUUUGGAGCCUUUGGUCGCGGCUCAUCGCCGUUUGGGGACUCGCCUUUUGGUGAUUUUGAUCCUUUUGCUUUCCGUAAUCCACGCACCUCCAAUUAUAGGUCAAAUACCUCUUCUACACAUAAAAUGAACAACAACAAAGAUAAGGGUUCGUCUUCUAGUUCUUCUGGUUCUGCGUCUUCAACAUCUGGUGGCGCUUCCACUAAUAAAGCGAAUACGAAGACGAGGACGUCAGCAGCAUCUUCGUCAUCGACGUCUUCGAACAAGCAUAGUCGAAGGAACCAUAAUCGGAACAUGGCACCAGGCGGUGCUGGUACAUGGGAGGAUGAUGCAGAUUUCCCAGAGUACAUGCACAGUGCUUACGGGGACCGAGCGUCGAUGAAGGGCCGAUCUUCUCCGUUUUCGGAUGUCGACGACUCCUUCCAUUACGACAAUGGCCAGUGGUGGUGGGAAGAAGAUGAAGCCUUUGAGGCUUUUGUACGCGACAGGAUGGAAGCUGUGAAUAGAAGCGGAGGCGCAGCUUCAAAGCAAGGGUCCGGGCGGCGGCAAAAGAAGCGAAAAAUGGUCUUCGAAGAUUUGUACAUGGACUGGGACGAGCACGUGUUUGAGCAGGUUCGAGAAUCACAGCGCAAAAGACAGGAAAGACGGAAAAAUAGAGACUCAACUGGUUGUUCCGGGGGUGUCCGAAGUUCAACGGCAACACCUAAUAAUUCAAACUCCGCGAUGAAAACUAAAGAAAAGAACAAAAAUUCCAAAAACAGUAGUAGUACAACAAGCAGUGGUGGUAGCACGAGUUCAACGUCAACUUCGACUAAUGAAGCAGGCAAGAAUAAAGGUUCGCCAUCGACAUCGUCAACAGGUGCAAAGCAAGAGCAGAGGCGAAAAGAGGAGAGGACCUCAAGCGCGUCCUGUAAUUCUACGUCGACAUCUUCAGGACGAAAUACGGAGUCCGACAGGAAAAAGAACCAAACCACUUGCAAAGAGGACACCACUGGCAAGAGCGCCCCAUCAGCGUCUUCGGCCGCCACUAAGGAUCACAGCAAUUCUGAGCGUGAACACAAGAACAGCGCUGAGAUAAAAAGAGCAGCACAUUUUACAAGUGCUGCAACUUCUUCUGGUAAAUACCCUGACAGUCCGUUGCUGCUUCGAGUAACCUGUGUUGAUUAUCCGAGGAUCGCGGGGGUGUAUGCUCGUAUAGUGGGCGGGCUUAAUCGAGACCAGCGGGUUAGAAAUUCCGCCGGAAAACUAUGCUCACUGUGGAGCAUACGAGACGUGUACGAGCGUCUGCCGGCGGUGGGUAGUAGAUCUUGGACUAAAUCUUCUACGGGAGACGUUCACGUUGGAACAAGUGACACCGGCGAUCGCGCUGGCACAUGCUUUUUCACAUGGGAGGAGAGCUCUCCGUCCGGAGAACCAGCUGGAGGCACUUUUUCGACGUCCUUGUUGCACGCUGGAUUUUGUGGGCCUAAGAAGGAGAAGAAUACCGGAGAUGGCCAUAUCAAUGAUUCACGUAAACACGACAGAAAAACUCCGUUCCAUCGAAAGGGAGGAGUGUCAGACUCGUUUCAAGAACUACAGCGCGCAUUCGUUCGGAACCUCACGUCAGCCAACAGCGUCGCCCUAGUAGAGGGGGUUGUAGCUGCAACCACGUGCGCGAAGUCUGGUGAUGCUACCCGAGAUGGCGCAGGAGCAGGAACAGGUACUGAAACAGAAAGCGAGAGGGCACCUUCAGCAUCCUCAGCGUGUCAUGUACCGUGUGGCCCGGCGUCCAUACACUAUGUCGGUACAAAAGUUGCACUCUGUUCUAGAAAAGAACAGCAUGCGGAAAUAUUUAUGAAGUGGAGUUCUUUUGACAUCCCACAAGACGAGCAAGAAGUAGCAGCAGAAGAGAACGUGGCAGAUGACGCUAAGAACAGAAUUACAGUUUUGAUAGAAGACGAAAACGCUCCAGCAGAAUAUGUGUCGGACCCGUCAUUGUGGUCUUUUUCUGCACUGGAAUUCUUUGUCCGCAGCCGCGCUCUGAUUGCGCCCGACACUGUUUUGACAGAAAAGCAAGAGUUUGUGCAGCUGGUGUACGAAUUUUUGACGGCAGCGGACUCUGCGGAAAGGUUGCGCCCAGGAUAUCAGGAUUAUAGGCAGGAUGAAGAUUCAGUGAGAAGUAAAGAAGAAGUCGAAGGUACCGCACCACCGGAGAGAGGCGAUGAAAAGAACAUCUUGAAUAGCGAGCCGAAAGAAGAAUCCACUACAGACCACUCCUUUGCCAACGAUGAAGAAUUUACUGCAACAUGUUCGGGGUCAUUCGAUUACGACCAGUGGGCGAAGGACCAUGACUUUUGUGGUUCAAAUGAAGAGGGGGACGUUGACUACCCCAAGCAUGAGGACGACAAAUGCAGCAGCGGGAACAAGUCGCAGAGUUCCCCAUCCUCGACAUCAAGUAAAAAGCAAAGCCGAAGCGAAGGCAUCAACUGCAAUAGCAAAGCGAACAAGAGCAAUGCAGCUAGCGACUGCGACCACGAGAGAGACAAAUCGAAACGUAGAAGGGAAAAACGUGAAUUCCGCCGCCAGCGAAAUAGAUACAACGACGACUUCCACGCCUUUGCGCAUGACGGAAGUUUUGAUGACUUUUUCGUGGUAGAUCCUGACACAGGUCGACGGAAGAAAAUGAGACGUCUGAUGAGACCAGAAAUUGUAAGACCACGCUUACCAAGGAAACAACGCGGGAAAAGAAUGGGGCAUGGGGGUCAUUGGGAUCUUUUCUAUUACUAAGGAAUACAACACAAGACUGACUGUUGGCACCGCCCGUGCAUCAGAAAUAUAUCAUGUUGAACCGCGACUGCGAUUGUAGGUCUUACACCUAAUGACGCUAACGAAGGUCAGAUGUCGAGUAAGGCGAGGCGCUGUGCCGCCGCCUUUCA